GUGAAGAAGUCGGUAAAGCAAUUAUUGAGUCCAAAAACAAUACAAAUGGGAAUUAAAGAAGAGAGACAGGAAAAAGAAAGACCAAUGUUUUUUACAUUUAAGAUUGAAGAGCCACAUUUCUUUGGUCAACAAGAACCACAUUUAAACAAUGAGUGCGACGGUAAAAGGGCCACACUGUGGGCCCACAGAAAGACAGCACUGGAAAAAGCCCAUAUUGGGCAAGGGAGAGUGGAGGGCCCAUAA